CAAGGUGUCACCAAACAAAUGGCAUCUGAGCCUUUGAUUUCCUCCAUCAUCCAUCGAAAGGCUAGAGAAACCCACGAUAAGUGAAACUGAAUCAUUCAGAUAGAGAUGAGGAGAGGUAAUACACAUUUAAAAUACUGCUGGGCUGUUGUACCUACUCUGAAGUACCAGUAAAUGACAAUGUAGUAGCUUUUUCUUAUAUAGUAACACUCCUAUCCACUAGGUGGCAGACAAUUCCGCAGCAGCAACAUUUCCUCCUGUUACAGUAGAGGCAGGAUUAACGGUUAGAAACUGACCGUGGAACAGUUCACAUCGAUGAUUGUUAGCUGCUGUGUUCCCGCGUUGCUGGAAUCAACGCCGACCCCAGAUCAGCUUUCACUGAAACACGAGCACGGGAGGGAGAGCCCCGGCGACGAGCCGCGAGAAUAAAGAUGAAGGACCCGUCAGUGGCUGAGCAGCCAUGGUGCUGCUUCACCUCCCUCACCCCUUCUUCCUCCUCUUCUCUCUCACCCCUCUGUCCCCGGCCUCCCCCCAUGGAGACCCCCACAACCCCUUGCCUGCUGCAGCAGCAGAUUCGAUCCUGCAGCAGCGGCCCUUUGUUGUGGUGUGGAACCUGCCCACAGCUCAGUGUCACUCACGCUUCAACAUCCACCUGGACCUGAGAGCCUUCGACAUCGUGGAGAACCGAGAGCAGCGCUUCCUGGGACAGAAAAUGACUAUCUUCUACCGCGACCGCCUGGGGAAAUACCCCUACCUCUCCCGAGGCGGGGGGAAGGUCAACGGAGGGAUCCCUCAGCUCAGCGACCUCUCGGCUCACCUCUCCCUGGCGCUGUCGCAGAUGUCCUCCUCUCUGCAGCCAAACUUCAACGGGUUAGCUGUUAUCGACUGGGAAGACUGGCGGCCAUUGUGGGAGAGAAACUUUGGAACCAAGAUGGAGUAUCGCAGGCAGUCUAAGCUGCUGGUGAGACAGGAGAAACCAGAUUUGUCAGAAAGGGAAACGACAUUGUUGGCAAAGAAGACGUUUGAGGAGAGUGCUCGGAGGUUCAUGGGGGAGACGCUUCGAAUGGGGGUCACACAUCGCCCCGAGGGACUCUGGGGGUUUUAUGGUUUCCCUGCCUGCUAUAAUAAUCACAAGCAAAAGACAGAUCAAAGCUACACAGGACGCUGCCAUGCAGGAACCGAAGAGCAGAACGACCGUCUGUCCUGGCUCUGGAGUCAGUCCUCCGCUCUGUAUCCCAGCAUCUACCUGCCUCCAUGGCUGGAAGGGUCCACGGACGCAGCUCUGAUGGUCAGACACAGACUGCUGGAGGCUUUGAGGUUGUCGUCAGUUUGGCGCCAUGGCAACGAUACUAACCAAGCCACACCGGUCCUUCCAUACGCCAGGCUGCCAUUCUCACACACUCUCACUUUUCUUAAUAAAGUGUAUAUUUAUGUAGUUAAAAAGACCAGACUGCUGAAGUGA